GGCUUCUGUGCAGAUCCUGUGGUCAUGUAGCCAGGUUAAGCAUCCAUGUUAUAUGAGAUACCAUCAUGUGAAAUCAGACAGGAUCAGCAGGAAAAGCUAUUCAGUUAGAUUUGAAGGAGGGAAGGUUCCAAAUUUAGAGGAAGGGGAAAGGAAGCUGAGAGUUUUAAUAGCUGGAGGGGGCAUUGGGGGGCUUGUUUUGGCUCUUGCUGCUAAGCAUAGAGGGUAUCAAGUGAAUGUGUUUGAAAAGGAUUUGAGUGCUGUUAGAGGGGAAGGUAGACACCGUGGCCCAAUUCAACUCUUGAGUAGUGCUCUUGCUGUGUUGGAAGCCAUUGACCAGAGUGUUGCAGAGCAGAUUAUGGAGGCUGGUUGUGUCACUGGCAAUAGGAUUAAUGGCCUUGCUGAUGGUUUAUCUGGAGAGUGGUUCACUAAGUUUGAUCUUUUGACUCCUGCUUCAAGUAAAGGGCUUCCUGCUACCCUAGUCAUAUGCAGAAUGACACUGCAAGAUAUAUUAGUCAAUGCAAUUGGUUCCAACAUAGUUAGAAACAAAUCUAAAGUAGUGGAUUUUAUUCAGGAACCUAGCAAGGUCAGAGUGGUCCUUGAAAAUGGGCAGCACUAUGAUGGUGAUAUUUUAAUAGGGGCAGAUGGAAUAUGGUCAGAAGUGCGUUCAAAACUCUUUGGGUGGCAGGAACCAAAGUACUCAGGAUUCACAUGCUAUAGUGGAUUAACAAACUAUGUGCCCCCAUAUAUCGAUACUAUUGGGUAUAGGGUGUUCUUGGGCUUGAACCAAUACUUUGUUGCCUCAGAUGUUGGCCAUGGGAAGAUGCAGUGGUAUGCUUUCCAUGGGGUACCCCAUUCAAGUACCCCUUUCCCUGAAGGUAAGAAGAAGAGACUUUUGGAUCUAUUUGGUAACUGGUGCAAUGAAGUGAUCACACUCAUAUCAGAAACACCAGAGCAUAUGAUUUUGCAGAGGGAUAUAUAUGAUAGAGACAUGAUCAAUGCUUGGGGAAUUGGGAGAGUGACUUUGUUAGGUGAUGCAGCACAUCCAAUGCAACCAAAUCUUGGUCAGGGGGGAUGUAUGGCAAUAGAGGAUUGUUACCAACUGAUACUUGAGCUUGACAAGGUUGCUAAACAUGGUUCUGACGAGUCUGAGGUUAUUUCAGCCCUUAGAAGAUACGAGAAGAAGAGAAUCCCACGAGUUAGGGUUUUCCACACAGCUAGCCGGAUGGCAUCAAAAAUGCUAGUCAACUAUCGACCUUAUAUUGAAUUUAAAUUUUGGCCUCUGUCGCAGAAUGUAACCAAUAUGAAGAUAAAGCACCCUGGCAUUCAUGUAGCUCGAGCCCUUUUGAAGUUUACUUUUCCACAAUUUGUUACUUGGAUGAUUGCAGGCCACGGGUUGUGGUGAACAUAUAUAUGUAACGCUUUGAAAUAAAAAUGCUUACCAUUUUUUUUGGGGGUACGAAAAAUGCUUACCAUUUUAACAUUGUGUGAUUGUAGUUAAAGUAAUCUUAGAUUCUUUUCGUAUACUCUCAAUAUUGUGACGAACAAAUUAAAGUAAUAAAGAAAAGAAAGUAUAAAAGAAA